UGGAGCGCGUGACGUCUGACGCAGGCGCGGUUACGAAAAAAGAGUUAUGAAAGUUCUUUACUGAGUCACAGUAGAAUGUCAUUCAUCCCUCUUAUUUCACUGCAGAUGCAUUAGAGUUCCACACCAAAGGCUCUUUGAGGACAUUCAGAGGAAUCAUGUUGGGAUCAGUGGUUGUAGGUGUAGGCAUUGCAGGAUGUGUGAGAAUGAGAGAUUUACUCGCUCCUCUACCGUCCAGCGCUGCAGAGAAGCUCAGCAUCAAAGGCUUUGUGUCCAGGAGGACUCUUGAAGAUCAGCAGGGUGUGAAGCAGAUCACGAUGACGGAGGCGUUGAGCAGAGCUGACAUCCAUGUGGCAUUUAUAUGCACAGAAAACACCAGCCAUGAAGAGAGCAUCAGGCAGUUCCUGGAGGCGGGGAAGCAUGUGUGCGUUGAGUAUCCCAUGACCCUCAGCUACACGUCUGCAGUGGAUCUGUGGAAUCUGGCUCAACAGAAGGGCCUGGUGCUUCAUGAAGAACACAUUGAACUCCUCACUCCUGACUUUAAACAGCUGAAAAAAGACAUAUCUGGGAAAACACUGGAGAAGGGAACGCUGCACUUCACAGGUGGACCCCUGAAGGCAAAUUUUGGGUUCCCAUCAUUCAGCGGCAUUGCCAGACUGACCUGGUUGGUUGAUCUUUUCGGGGAGCUCACGGUUACUGCUGCAUCUCUGGUGGAGGAGAAAGAGAACAAAUACAUGAAGAUGACGGCCCACUUUCUGACCCAACAACAGAAGCCUCUUACUUGGAUUGAAGAACGAGGUCCAGGACUGGGCAGAGCCAAAAACAUAGAUCUUCACUUCCAGGACGCCACUAUCACAGAGCUUCCUGCCGGUCAGCGGGAGCCAGUGGGGCUGUUCAUGCAGGAUCUGGUGCUGUUCAGUCGAAAGUUGCAGGGUGACGUCUCUGCCGCGGAGCUCCAGGCAGAGAGGAGCCGGAUCUUACACUGUCUGGAGCUGGCGGACCGCAUUCAGCAGCUCAGUGAAAACGCUCAGGCCUGAACCUGUCCUGAAAGCAUUCUCACAGAAUUAGCCACUAUGGGAUUUUCGCUCUCUUUUCCCAAAUGUCCCAUGUGGAAUUGUGGGAUAUAGACUGUGGGAUAGAGACAACUGCAGUAUAGAAUAAUAUUAUAAUAAGUAUACAUUUUUUUUGGUAACAAUUUACUUAAAGCAUAAUAAAAAUAUAUAUAAUGCAUUAUAAAAAUAUUAUGAUCUCAUUAAUAAUUAUAACCACAGUUAUAAUAGUUUAUAAUACAUAUCUAUUCAUUAAACACACCUUUAGAAAGUAUAAUGCAUUAAAAUAGAAGGCAAACAACCAAUUUCUGAUGUACCAAUACAUUUUAACGUUAUAAUUAUUUAUGAAAAGAUAUAAUGCAUUGUAAUGUACAUUAUGAAUAGCUUUAUAAUGCAUUAAACAAAAAGGCUUUAGAGGGUAACACUUUACAGUAAGGUCUCAUUUAUUAACAUCAGUUAAUGCAUUAACUAACAUGAACUAACAAUGAGCAAAAUAUUUUACAGCAUUUAUUAACCUUUGUUAAUGUUAGUUAAUAAAAAUGUUUGUUCAUGUUCGUUCACAAUGCAUUAACUAUGCUAAGAGAUAUAACUUUUGAUUUUAAUAAUGCAUUAGUAAAAGUUGAAAUUAAAAUGAACUAAGAUUAAUAAAUGCUGUAGAAGCAUUGUUCAUUAAUAGUUCAUGUUAAUCCUUAUUGUAAAGUGUUACUGUAAAGGGUAAUCAAUUUUUUUUUUUUUUUUGGAACAGUGAAAAUGAGUAUCUAAUGAGUUGUUGUUAAGCUCUAAAAAGGACAAAAAAGAACACCAUAAAAGUUGUGACUGUUCUAUUAUUCACAAAAAAUGACAACUUAUGGUCUUUUUGUCCUUUUUGGACCUUGACAGCUAUUUUUGUGUUAAGUAUUUUUUAAAAAUCAGUAUUGGGAAAUUGCAGUGAUUUAAAAAUGUAUAACAUAUCAGCAUAAAAUCAAAAGUCUUUGAUUUUGGAAUUGAACUAAUAGUUUUGUGUUUAACUAGUGGGCCGCAUCAGAAUAUGCAGUAACAGCACUUUCCUUCAUUGUAUCGUGCAUCUAAACUCUAGUUACUUAUUAAGGUUACAUGGCUAAUUUAUUAUUCAACAGAAAGGGAUCUUUCUUGCUGACUUCUUGUUUUUUUUUUUGUUUUUUUUACAUCAGUUGGUAUUUAGUGUGUGACUGAUGAAGUGGUUUGUGUGUUUGUGCAAUACAUCUGCACCAAAUUCAAAUAUACAUUUCAGACAAAUGAACCAGUGAUUUUGGUCAUUGGUGUUCAUACAGGCUGGUGCAUUGCAAAACACUAUUGUUUGCUUUAAUAUUUCUCUUUGUCAUAGUACAUAUUUAAGUUGCUCUGUUGACAUGCUGUACUUUGUUCUGUGAAAACUGGAGGAGCUCUGUAGGCAUUCAUACAUGCUUGGAGCAAAAUCAAAGGUUCACUUAUUCAUGAAGUGCUGAAAGUUUUUCUGAUCUAUCUGUUAUUUAUGAGGAGAUUAGAGAUGAGAACUCUGGGAAAGCACUGAAUUGAGCAGAUUAUGAGCUCUAUCAAGGAAAAAUAAAUGUAAUGCACAUAUCAUUAAGGAAUGUUCAAUUUUGUUUCUAACCAAAAUGCAUUGUUUACAUUUGUCUUCAUAUGUACAUAUUUGUGUUAUUCAGUUAAUAAAUAAAUUGUGCCUGCUUUA